CCUCUUAGUUUCAUAAACCGGAAGCGUAGUGUCAGCUUGUGGAGGUGACUAUUUGUAUUGUUGUUGAUAUACGAGGCUUUGGUGUAUUUGAAGUAUAAUACCGAUGUUAAAAGAGGCUACGCUAUGUUGAAGCUCGUUAGCUUACGCUACUAGUUAGCGUUAGCCCUCACCAGCCGAAUUUAUUGAACAGUAAAGUAAAUUUGAAGUCGCUAUUUAGCCACAUUAGCUUGUAGCUAACUUUGCUACAUUAACAAAUAUAGUCUUAGUUGAAAUGUGAAAUUGUUGCAGUUAAGCCACUCGACACGCAACUGACUUGAUGGCGACGUUAGGCUUCACUCCUGCCAGCCAGCAGGAUGUAUUUUGUAUUGAAACGGAACAAUCCCGUUGUAAACCCACCAGUGUUCUGAGCGGCGAAGAGGCCAGGCUGUUCUACGAAAACGUAACAGACUGUGACAAAAAGCGAUGCGCGUCCUCGGGUGCGAUUAUCAAGACAGUGAACGGCAGAGAGCGGAGACAACGAAGCACCGUGUGUAGCAGACGGAGGAGGAGAGUCAGGACUGAGACGCAUCAGGAUCAACGUGACUCUUUGGUGCAACGAGGAGUCGGUGAAGGUGAAGGUGGACCGAGAGGAGAAAGCAGCUCUUCCGAGAGGCUGAAGGAGUUCCAGGGGCUUCGGUUGCUGCGCUGCGCCCACGAGGGGGACGUCUCUGGGGUCAAAGAGCUGCUCACAAAGGCAGUCAACAUCAACUUCCAGGAUACGUUCUUCUGGACGGCCAUGAUGUGUGCCAGCUGGUCAGGACAGAGGGCGGUGGUGAGGCUGCUGCUGGAGCGUGGAGCGGCCUGGGUUGGAGUGGUGGAUACACAGGGCAGGGAUGCCCGAGACCUGGCCGUAGAAGCUGGUCACGGUGAUGUGCUGGAGGAGUUGGACGGUUGGGGAACAAGUACACAGAGAGACACACAAACCGAUUCCAGUACCCCACAGCCUGAGUGGUGCAGUGUGUGUUGUAGUGAGUACCACGGCAGCCUGUCAUCACAUCACUCAUCUACUCUGCAUCAGUUUAGUUUGCGGCGCCCUCCUCCCACCCCGUACUACUGUCUUCCCCCUUCCAGCAAAAGCUACAAGAUGAUGGUCCGAUGUGGAUGGAAACCAGGGACAGGUCUGGGACCAGAGGGAGUGGGACCAAAACAGCCUGUGCCAACUGUGCUGAAGAGAGAUCAGAAAGGUCUGGGGUAUGGACAGACAAAAAGGGCUAAAGUUACUCACUUUCAAGCCAGAGAUCAUGAUGCUGUCGAACUACCAUUCAAGGAUAAAGAGGAGAGGCUAGGGAAAGGGAAGAGGAAGGAGGAAGGUAGGCUAAAGGAGCAGAGAGAUAAGAACUGGGAAAGAGAUUUUCGUGCCUCUUUUUAUCUUUGAACUCUUUCUAUGUUGUGUCAACUUAUUUAUAAAGGCUGAAGGUUAUUGUGAGACUUUUUCGUUGGAGGAAACCUGAUAACGUUUAUGGCUAAAGCUGCUACUGAGUCCAUUUAAGGCAAGAGUGCACCAACUCUUAUGUAAUGUCCUACUAUGUCAUUGGUCUCUUCAGUCUUUAUCACACCUGUGUUUACUCUGUGACUUGGGUGAUGUUCUACAGAUUGUUUUAUAUGAUAAUAAAAAUAGAAAACAUUUCCACUUA